AUGACAUCCCUCAACGCCCUCGACAGCCCCGACUCGUAUACGAUCGCCUGGAUCGCUGCUCUCUCCAUCGAACGGGCCGCUGCAGAAGCGAUGCUCGAUGAAAGACAUGCAGUUCCAACCGGCUUCAUUAGACACCAAACUGAUGCAAACGUUUAUACAUGGGGUCGUGUGGGAGAGCACAAUAUCGUUAUUGCCGCUCUGGCCUCCGGAGACUACGGCACCACUUCUGCUGCGACCACGGCCUCGAGCCUUCUUGCCUCUCUGCCAUCUAUCCGUGUUGGCCUCUUGGUCGGCAUAGGCGGUGGCAUCGCUCGACCUGACGAGGGCCACGAUAUCCGGCUGGGUGAUGUUGUCGUGAGCCAGCCCUCUGGGACCAUAGGCGGCGUCUGCCAGUACGACCUGAUCAAGGCCAAGUCUGGCGACAAGCGUGAGCGCAAAGGCUUCCUUGGACGGCCACCAACGGUCCUCCUUAAUGCGCUCACUAGUAUUCAGGCCUAUCAUGAGCAGAAAGACUCCGACGUUCCCUGCUUCCUCCGAAUGAUGCUGGAGAAGAACCCGAAGAUGGGUAAGAGAUCUAAGCAGAACCCUGGCUACACUUACCAGGGCUUUGACAACGACCGCCUCUUCAAAGCUUCAUGCAAUCAUAUUCCCGGCCUGGACUGUCAGGGAUGUGACACGGCUGAUGAGAUUCAACGCGAUUCUCGAGACACUACCGACCCCGAUAUCCACUACGGAACCAUUGCAUCCGGUAACACACUUGUCAAAGACGCCGCUACACGCGAUCGCAUUGCUACGGACCUCGGUAAGGAUUGCAUCUGCUUUGAGAUGGAAGCGGCCGGCCUGAUGAAUCACUUUCCCUGUCUUGUGAUCCGAGGUAUUUGUGACUACGCCGAUUCUCAUAAGAAUGAUCGAUGGCAACGCUAUGCCUCGGCAACUGCUGCUGCAUAUGCUAAGGAGCUUUUGGCGUAUGUGCCAGUAUUGGAGGUCCAAGAGACCAAGAGGGCACUAGAAAUACUCCAGUUAGUUCAACAACAAAUUGACAGCGUGCAGCAGACGACAGUCGCCACCAAGGCUGUCACUGAUUCCGUAAGGUCUGACCUUCAGACCGAUAAGAUCAGGCGCUGGCUUUGUCCCCCGGAUUCGUCUACAAACGCCAACCACGCCAGGACUCUCCGCCAUGAGGGGACAGGCGCGUGGCUCCUCGACAACCCCGUCUUCCAGUCAUGGCACUCGGGGUCGCGUCAACAUUUAUGGCUGCACGGGCUAGCGGGAUGCGGAAAGACGGUCCUUAGUGCGACUGUGCUUGAUUAUCUCGCGAAGGAUAACGAUAAACUUAUCCUCAACUUCUUUUUUGACUUUAGCGAUGCCACAAAGCAGACCUUGGAUGGUAUGCUGCGAUCACUUGCUUUCCAACUUUACCAAAGCGGGUUUGAUUCUGCAAUUCAUCUUGAUGCCUUAUCUCAAGCGCACCAGAAUGGUAGCGUCCGACCUACGACAAAGGCGCUCUCGGAUAUUGUUUUUAUGAUGCUCGUAGUCCAGAAGAAGGUCACGAUCGUUCUAGACGCAUUGGAUGAGUCGAAAACAAGGGAUCAUGUUCUCCAAUGGAUCAAGGACAUAGUGUCUAGGCCAGAUUUGGUCCAUUUACAGCUGUUUUAUACUAGUCGACCUGAAUCCGAGCUUCUGCGCCACAUUCCCCCUUUAAUAGGAAAGCGAAACUGCCUACUACUUGACAAGCAGGCUGUUAACUCCGAUAUUCGAUCAUGGGUCACAGCGCAACUUUCCCAACGGCGUGAUUUUACAGAGAAGCCCUUGUCCCAGGGUCUACUCGAGGGGAUCCGGAGGAAAGUUGGCGACGGGGCCGACGGGAUGUUUAGGUGGGCGUUCUGUCAAUUGGACAGCCUAGCUCGAUGUCCUCACGAGGCAGCUAUGGUCGAGGUUCUCGCAUCUUUGCCGCUGAAUCUAAACGAGACAUACCGCCGUUUGAUUGCAAGCAUACCGACGAGGCUAAAAAACGACGCGAUACGCCUCUUGCAAUUCUUAGUAUACUCUUAUCGACCUCUUAGCCUGGCUGAGGCUCAAGAAGUAAUAGCGACGCAGAUUGAAAACGAGUCGCGAGGGUUUGACAUUAAGCGUCGACUAUUUUGCGAGACUGAUAUUUUGGAUUACUGUCCCGGCUUAUUGACAGUCGUUCACGCCACCGAUAAAGAGCUACAUCUUGCCCACUUUUCCGUCAAAGAGUACCUUCUCGAAGAGAAUGAUUUCGAGAUUACGACUGCUAGUAUUUCUAUCACGAGGACGUGCUUGAGUUAUCUUACGGGCAUCAACGGUAGCCACAGACAGAUCAAGCGGGAUUUUCCGAUGGCAAGAUAUGCAGCAGAACUCUGGGCAGGCCAUGCUGCGUUGGCUCAGGCUUCCGAAGAUAUAAUUCGCUUAACAGUCAGCUUCCUAGAAAGGAAAGUGACAUUCCAACGAUGGACUCGUUUGUAUCAGGCUGAUAGGGGUUGGGACGAUAAUCCAGGCCCUCCACGAAGUUCCAGGCUCUACUAUGCUUGUUUUCUUGGGCUUGUAGCACCUGCGCGAGAUCUUAUUAGCAAGGGAGAGGACGUCAACGCGCAGGGCGGUCAAUACGGCAACGCUCUCCAGGCCGCCUCGUUUAGAGGCUUUCAAGGAAUUGUCAAACUUCUUUUAGAUAAGGGAGCAGAAAUCAACGCGCAGGGCGGCGAAUACAGCAACGCUCUACGGGCCGCCUCGUUUAGCGGCUUUCAAGGAAUUGUCAAACUUCUUUUAGAUAAGGGAGCAGACAUCAACGCGCAGGGCGGCGAAUACGGCAACGCUCUCCAAGCCGCCUCAUUAGGAGGUCAUCAAGAGAUUGUCAAACAACUCUUAGACAAGGGAGCGGACAUCAACGCACAGAGCGGCCGCUACGACAUCGCGUUAAGCGGCCGCUACGGCAACGCUCUCCAGGCUGCCUCAGAGGAAGGCCAUCUAGAGACUGUCAAACUUCUUUUAGAUAAGGGAGCAGACGUCAACGCGCAGGGCGGCUUAUACAAUAACGCUCUCCAGGCCGCCUCGUCAGGUGGCCAUCAAGAGAUUAUCAAACUACUCUUAGACAAUGGAGCGGAUAUCAAUACACAGCGCAGUCUCCAGGCCGCCUCAGAGGGCGGCUUUCAAGAGAUUACCAAACUACUCUUAGAGAAGAAAGACGACAUCAAUACGCAGCGCAGAGUCCAGGCCGCCUCGGAUAACGGCUUUCAAGAUAUUUUCAAACUACUCUUAGAUAAGGGAGGGGACAUCAAGACGUACGGCGAUUUCCCGGCCGCCUUAGAGGGCAGCUAUCAAGAGAUUACCAAACUACUUUUAGGCGAGGGAGAGGACGUCAACGCGCAAGGCGGCCAAUACAGCAACGCUCCCCAAGACGCCUCAGAGGGAGGCCAUCAAGAUAUUGUCAAACUUCUCUUAGACAAGGGAGAGGACGUCAACGCGCAGGGCGGCCAAUACAGCAACGCUCUCCAAGACGCCUCAGAGGGAGGCCAUCAAGAGACUGUCAAACUUCUCUUAGACAAGGGAGAGGACGUCAACGCGCAAGGCGGUCAAUAUGGCAACGCUCUCCAGGCCGCCUCGUUUAGAGGCUUUCAAGGAAUUGUCAAACUUCUUUUAGAUAAGGGAGCAGACAUCAACGCGCAGGGCGGCGAAUACGGCAACGCUCUCCAAGCCGCCUCAGAGAGAGGCCAUCAAAAGAUUGUCAAACUACUCUUAGAUAAGGGAGCAGAUAUCAACGCACAGGGUGGCCAAUACGGCAACGCUCUCCAGGCCUCCUUAGAGGGAGGCUAUCAAGGGAUUUUCAAACUACUCUCAGGUAUAGGAGUAAGCGCCAGCACACUAGGUAGUAACGCUGUCCAGGCUACCCCAGAGGCAGGCCGUCAAGAGAUUAUCAAACUUCUCUUAGACAAGGGAGCAGACGUCAACGCACAGGGUGGCCAAUACGGCAACCCUCUCCAAGCCGCCUCUCGGAGAGGCUAUCUUAAGAUUGUCAAACUACUCUUAGAUAAGGGAGCAAACGUCAACACGCAGGGCGGCUUCUAUAGCAACCCUCUUCAAGCCGCCUCAGAGGCAGGCUAUCUCGAGAUUGUUAAACUACUCCUAGACAAGGGAGCGGACAUCAACGUACAGGGCGGCGAAUUUGACAACCCUCUCCUAGCCGCCUCUAUAAAAGGCCAUCAAGAUAUUGUCAAACUACUAUUAGGCGAGGGAGCGGACGUUAACGCAGAAGGUAGCCACUACGGCACCGCUCUUAAGGCUGCCUCGUUUGGAGGCUUUCAAGGAAUUGUCAAACUACUCUUAGACAAUGGAGCAGAUGCCAACGUGCAGGGCGGCCAAUACGGCAACGCUCUCCAGGCUGCCUCGUUUGGAGGCUUUCAAGGAAUUGUCAAACUACUCUUAGACAAUGGAGCAGAUGCCAACGCGCAGGGCGGCCAAUACGGCAACGCUCUCCAAGCCGCCUCAGAGAGAGGCCAUCAAGAGAUUGUCAAACUACUCUUAGACAAUGGAGCAGAUGCCAACGCGCAGGGCGGCCAAUACGGCAACGCUCUCCAAGCCGCCUCAGAGAGAGGCCAUCAAGAGAUUGUCAAACUACUCUUAGACAAUGGAGCAGAUGCCAACGUGCAGGGCGGCCAAUACGGCAACGCUCUCCAGGUCGCCUCAUUAAGAGGCCAUCAAGAGAUUGUCAAACUGCUUCAAAGAAAAGGCGCUGUUACAUUGUCUGGUCAAACUGUAGCUCACUGA